CGCACUUUGUUUCUUUCAUAAUUCAUUCGCAAAACAAACAAACGCAGAUCUCUCUCUCUCUCUCUCUCUCUCUCUCUGCAUAUUCCUGGCAUCUCUCUCUUAUUUCCAUUGAUAGAGAGAAAGAAAGGAAGCACAGUGAAUUCCAAUUCCUUGUUUCUCUCUCACAUCUCAAUUGUCUGUCUCACUUCAAAUCCAUUGCCGCCAGCUCCAGAUCAAACUAAUCCUCCUGUUAAUGCUCGAUUUCGACUCGAUUUAGUCAGAUCGAGUUGAUAGGGAGGGUGUGGGUGUGGGAUGAAGAACGGGAUGAUAGAAUGCAGUGUUUGCCAUUCCAAAUUGGUUUCUCCAACCACCAAAUCUAUAUCAAGGGCUUAUGAUCGCCACAAGAGUAGGAUAACAUCCAAGCAACGCGUCCUUAACUUCCUCUUGGUCGGUGGUGACUGUAUAUUAGUUGGCCUUCAGCCCAUUCUAGUUUAUAUGUCCAAGGUCGAUGGCAAAUUCAAUUUUAGCCCAAUUAGUGUUAAUUUUUUGACAGAGAUCACCAAGGUUUUCUUUGCUAUUGUUAUGCUUUUUCUCCAGGCUAGGAAUCAAAAAGUUGGGGAGAAGCCUCUUCUCUCAAUUUCUAUAUUUAUGCAGGCAGCUCGCAACAAUGUCCUUCUUGCUGUUCCAGCAUUUCUGUAUGCUAUAAACAACUAUCUGAAGUUUACCAUGCAGCUUUAUUUUAGUCCUGCCACUGUGAAGAUGUUAAGUAAUUUGAAGGUCUUAGUAAUAGCACUUUUGUUAAAGUUGAUUAUGAAGCGCCGGUUUUCCAUUAUUCAGUGGGAAGCUCUUGCUCUAUUGCUCAUUGGUAUAAGUGUAAAUCAGCUAAGAUCUUUACCUGAAGGAAGUACAGCUUUGGGUCUUCCUGUCACAAUGGGUGCAUAUCUCUAUACGUUGGUCUUUGUCACUGUUCCUUCGUUGGCCUCUGUUUAUAAUGAGUAUGCUUUGAAGAGUCAAUAUGAUACAAGCAUUUAUCUGCAGAACUUAUUCUUAUAUGGGUACGGAGCUAUAUUCAAUUUUCUUGGAAUACUUGGGACUGUUGUUAUCAAAGGUCCUAGCAGCUUUGAUAUCCUAGAAGGUCAUUCAAGAGCCACUAUGCUAUUGAUUGCUAACAAUGCUGCGCAAGGGAUUCUAUCCUCUUUCUUCUUCAAAUAUGCAGAUACAAUUUUGAAAAAGUACUCUUCAACCGUCGCCACAAUCUUUACGGGCAUAGCAUCCGCUGUACUGUUUGGACAUAAAUUAACAAUGAACUUCUUAAUUGGAAUUUCUAUUGUAUUCAUCUCAAUGCACCAGUUCUUUUCACCGCUGUCAAAAGCCAAAGAAGAAGAACAGAAUGGUGUGGUGGAACUACACGAUGUUCAUGACAAACAAAGGUCAAAGGAAUCCUUUAUAAAUAUGGCAGCUGGAGCAAAUGAGGAGGCCACUCAUCGUACGGGGCAUGUUGAGAGACAUCCACUGCUUCCCACCUAGAUUGACCUACUGAACUUUCAAAGAAUUUAUUUUUGGUGAAAUCGCUAUGUUCCACACAGUUAAAGUCAUAAUAAAGCUAAAAACUUAAUUCUGCUUUCUGGGAUUGCUUUCCUCGACAUGGUUUAGAAAGGCAUGAAUUCUUUUACUUCUUAUGCUGGUGAAGAAGACAGGACAGUCAGUUGCUGAAGAUUUUGAUAGAGCAUAGAAAAUGGCUUCGUAAGAAAGAGCUUUUGGCAUACCAAUAUGGGUUUUGAACUACAUUUAUUCAUUAUCUUGGAAAUUUGGUUUCUCCUUUUUAUUAUUUUUGUUUCCUGGUAUAUUUACUCCAACCCGUUCUAUCUAAUAUAGUGUUUAUUCUUUACAUGUAUUACAUGAUUUUGGUGUUUCAUCUUUUAUCAUAUUAUUAUGGGUCAAUAAAGAAAAUGUUAUUUAAA